UUGAAGAAGAAGAAGGAAGAAGAAGAAGAAGAAGAAGCCCACUCACAGUGACAACAAGAGUUUUUAUGUUGGAUCAUCUGGAACGAAUAAAAUAAGUGUCAGCUGUAAUUAUCGAGAGUUUAGUGAUUACUCUUAUAAAGACUCUUCCGUUGUUGUUGUAACUCAUGCCAUGAAAAUGACAGAGGGAAACAGCGUUGUGGAACAAAGCGUUACAGAAGAGGAUGUGCGUCUGCUUAUCAAAAGAAAAGAUGAAAUUGAAGAACAGAUUAAAGCAUAUUACGACACGCUCGAAGAUCAGGGUGAUGUAGGCAUGCAUGGUCCUUUGGUCGAUGUUGAAGGCUUUCCUCGUGCAGAUGUGGAUUUGUACACAGUCCGAACAGCAAGGCACAAUGUCUCCCGCUUACAGAACGAUCACAAAACUGUCAUGGUGGAGAUAGAGAACGCCCUUCAUAAGUUGCAUGCCAAGGUGAGGGUCAAUAAGCAGGAUGAGGAAAUGGCACCGGUGGAAGCCACUGACCAGGCAGCGUCCUUGCCAUCCCCAUUUGCCCGGGUAGACACCAUAAUACAAGGCUCCCCUGCUUUUCUUGCGGGUUUGCAAAUUGGUGAUGAGAUCCUUGAGUUUGGGUCUGUGAAUGUACGAAACUUCAAGAAUCUGCAUGAUGUUGCCUCUGUUGUCCAACACAGUGAAGGGAAAUCCCUCCGUGUUGGAGUGAUUCGGAAAGGAGAAAAAGUACAUCUUCAUUUGACUCCACAGCAAUGGUCUGGUAGAGGACUACUAGGUUGCAACUUAGUACCUCUUCGCAGAUAACCAAUCAAAGAACAAGAAUCUUGCCAGACAAUGAGACUGGUUAAGAGUCAUCUUCAAGCCAAACAACUCAUCUUUAUUCUUUAUAUUAUUAUUUUUUUUUUGUAAUAUUAAAUUGAAUUCAUUAAACAAAAGUAUAAAUUACCAAGGUGAGAUGACAGACAGUUCAAAAUUACAAAGGGUGUCAAUUAGUAUGAACAGAUUGAUUAUUUGACAAAUAAAUAAAUAAAAUCGCCUGUUUCAUUACA